CCAAUUUAUAAGGGAUGUAUCGGAUUUCAAGUUUCUCGAUUCCAAAUUUUCCGAAUCUGCUUAUAAAACACGGCCAAAACAAAUCCGUCGAAGGUUGUCUAUCUCCGAUUCCGUCCGGAUAGGAAGACCCGAGCUUGGAAUAAAGUACCAACUGGGUAACACGAAAAACACGUGCUCAGUUUUUGAGGAGAAGAACAAGCGACUCUCUAAUGGGUGAAACAAUUAAGGAUGGUUUUCUAGUGGCUGUGCAUUCCACGGUUUUCAAAGAAUCGGAAAAUCUGGAAGGGGCUAGUGUUAAGAUUGAGGGUUACGAUUUCAAUAAAGGAGUAGACUACUCUCAGCUUCUCAGGUCCAUGGUCUCCACCGGAUUUCAAGCUUCCAAUUUCGGAGAUGCCAUCGAUGUCGUUAAUCAAAUGCUAGAUUGGAGGCUUUCUGAUGGGAUUGUUACGGAGGAUUGCAGUGAGGAGGAGAGGGAUCUGAUCUACAGGAAGUCUGUGAGAUGCAAAGUUUUCCUGGGUUUUACUUCAAAUCUUAUAUCUUCUGGUGUUAGGGAUGUGGUUCGCUAUGUUGUUGAGCAUCAUAUGGUUGAUGUAGUGGUUACGACAACUGGCGGUAUAGAAGAAGAUCUUAUAAAAUGCCUUGCACCCACCUAUAAAGGUGACUUUUCUCUACCUGGAGCCUAUUUGCGUUCAAAAGGUCUGAACCGCAUUGGUAACUUGUUGGUACCUAAUGACAACUACUGUAAAUUUGAGGACUGGAUAAUUCCUAUUCUUGACCAGAUGUUGAAGGAGCAAAUUGAAGAGAAUGUAUUAUGGACACCAUCUAGAUUGAUUUCUCGCUUGGGCAAAGAAAUUAAUGACCAGAGUUCAUACCUCUACUGGGCAUACAAGAACAACAUCCCAGUUUACUGUCCAGGCCUAACAGAUGGCUCACUAGGGGACAUGUUGUACUUCCAUUCCUUCCGCAGCCCGGGUCUGAUUAUAGACAUAGUGCAAGAUAUUAGAGCCAUGAAUGGUGAAGCUGUCCACGCAAGCCCUAGGAAGACCGGCAUGAUAAUUCUUGGAGGCGGCCUUCCUAAACAUCACAUUUGCAAUGCAAAUAUGAUGCGAAAUGGUGCAGAUUAUGCUGUGUUUAUCAAUACUGCACAGGAGUUUGAUGGGAGUGACUCUGGAGCUCAUCCUGAUGAGGCUGUCUCUUGGGGGAAAAUACGAGAUUCAGCUAAGACUGUUAAGGGGCAUGAUUGGUCGGGUAAUUUUUAUUCUGGGAGGAAACAAGAGAUUGUUUCAUGCAGACAAGACAUUCUAAAAGUGUUUGCACGAAGGAGUCUUAAGACACCCCUUAAUCUCGUGGAUGGGGGGGAGAUUGGAUAGGUAAAGAAUGAAGAUAUGCAGAUUUUACAGUGUAUUUACCAUUGCUGUCCAGGGUCCAGAUGAUCUCAUCCCGAGAAUUACUAGAGCCUGCUUGAUGAAGAUGCAUUUUCAUAAUUUCAUGCACGCUUACCUCAUCCAACAAGUCCUGGAGUUUGUCAAAAGGUUACUCUCUCUCAUGUUCGACUUGAGCGGUUUAAGUUCGUGUUUUAGGGAAAAGUGUCUUCUAUUUCUAUUGGAUCUCUUCUCCGUAACAACCCUUUCCAGAACCUGGUGUCAACUUGUUCUGAUCGCAACUUGCUCGUGAAGAUGCAAACCUCAUUUAGCCAAUAGACCCGAAUUUACCCGAGUCUUUAUGCAGAUUGAAUAAAAACUCCAAGAAGAUUUUCAGCAUAGUACCCAAGAUUUUGCAUAAAUGAGAUGGGAAUAAAAAGGCCAUGCAAAAAAUAGUUUUUUAUUUUCCUGGUCAGCAUGAUUAUUUCUUUGCAUUAUGUCUUUUAAGAGAAAUAUUGUUCUUUAUAUUCAAUUUUGCCCUAUGGUCACACUAGUCAA